AAGCAACUGGCUAACUUCCGCUUGCAGGGUACUAGCUAGUUUUAUCGAUUCAGAGAGGAAAACGUGAAGAAACCCCGUUAAUAUGGGUUUCGUCAAAGUGGUGAAGAACAAGGCUUACUUCAAGAGAUAUGAAGUCAAAUAUAGGCGAAGGAGAGAGGGGAAAACGGACUAUUAUGCCCGCAAACGCCUGGUGGUACAGGACAAGAAUAAGUACAACACACCCAAGUAUCGACUGAUCGUCCGCUUGUCUAAUAGGGACAUCUGCUGCCAGAUUGCCUAUGCAAAGAUUGAAGGAGACCACAUUGUGUGUGCCGCUUACUCCCACGAGCUACCUAAAUAUGGCAUCGCUGUAGGUCUCACUAACUAUGCUGCGGCCUACUGUACUGGACUCGUGCUGGCCCGCCGGCUCUUGCACAAGUUUGGCAUGGAUCAGGUGUACGAGGGUCAGGUGGAGGUGACGGGCGACGAGUUCAACGUGGAGAGUGUGGACGGUCAGCCUGGCGCCUUCACCUGCUACUUGGACGCCGGCCUGGCCAGAACCACCACGGGGAACAAAGUGUUUGGAGCGCUGAAGGGAGCCGUCGAUGGGGGGCUGGCCAUUCCUCACAGCCUGAAACGUUUCCCCGGUUAUGACACGGAGAGCAAAGAAUUUAACGCUGAGGUGCAUCGGAAGCACAUCAUGGGCAUGAAUGUGGCUGACUACAUGUCGUACCUGAUGGAGGAGGACGAGGACACCUACAAAAGGCAGUUUUCGCGCUUCAUCAAGAACGGGGUCACACCGGACACAAUGGAACCGCGCCAAGCUGUCCCUGGCACAAAGGAAGGACCGCAUCGCCCAGAAAAAGGCCAGCUUCUUACGAGCGCAAGAGCGAGAGGCCGGCAACGGUUAGCGGCUCCGCUCCGGCGCCUCAGCGCACAGCACAAACAAAUAAAUUUAUUCCAAAGUCAACUUCAGGGUUUAUGUCCAUUGAUUCCGGUACUUUGUGGAAUUAUGAUGGAUGAGUUGUUAAUUGCAUGGGAAUGGCAUACUUGAUUUAAUCUUUCACAUUUGGUACCUUGGCACAUACACUACUCACAAAAAGGGAUAUUUGGGUUUCAGGUGAAAAAUGCUCUAUAACAUUUACAGUUUAAUGUAAUUUGACGCCUACGCUUUAGUCCAGCUGUUCAGUAUUCCAGUACUUUUUGCACAACUUGAACGGCAAAAUUCAAAGCAGGUGUUUAUUCUAUCACUCAAAUAAUAAAUGUCCUGGUUCAAGGAUUGGUAAAUUAAGCAGUCCUCUUGUGAGUGAACACUCUUAAAAGUUCAGUGCUAGUUUUACUUACUUUGCACUCUGUAAAAUUGUCAAUUUAAGAUCUUUUUUUGUUAUUUAAAUAAAACAUUUUGGUUAUUUGUCCGGCACUAAUGAUAUGCUAUCAAAAGAGUUUACUUGAUUUGAACCUCUGCUGCACUACACUUAUAACCAUAUCAAAAAGUAUCAUGUCAGGAUACUUUUAUUCCAAAAAUAAGAAAAUGUAAACAUUUUGGAAGCACUUGUUUCUUCUCAAUUCAUUUCUGAGGUACUGUAUCGAGACUAUCGGCAGAUAGGCAAAAAAAGUGAUUGGGUUCGAACACCUGCUGUAAAUCUUGCCCUUUAGCUCCUUGUUAGAGAAUGGCAAGUGCAAAAGUACCUGAAACGUCAAACAGCUGAACAUGCAUUCAAAAAGUCAAGGUUACAGUGCAUUUUAGGUUCAUCCUGAAAUUUCACCCCAAAGCCCAAUAAACAUUUUUGUAAGUUGCAUUUUUCCCACUUAAUUAAAAAUGAAAGUCAUGUGGUAAAAGACUGCAAAAUAGUGUGUACUUUAUUCUCAGUUGUGCAAAAUCAUGCAUGUAUUAUUCUAUUAAAACAUCUUAGU